AUGUCAUCACCAGCUCUUCCAGAUCGGGAGUCACCAAACCAGGCCAAAAUGAUUCACCUGAAGGACUAUGACUACUCACCUCUAGAUCCAGGUAGCUCAGAGUUCAGGCUCUUGGAGUUGAUGCCUGGCCUCGAAGACGAAGAAGUCCGGUGUAUACUCGUACAUUCAGCGCUAGAUGAUAAUCCAUCAUAUGAGGCACUGUCUUACCUCUGGGGAGAUCAACAAGAUCGGAGGCAAAUCUUGUUAGAAGGAGCCCGAUUCAGCGUGACAUCCAACCUCCAAGCUGCUUUACGUCGCCUUCGUGAGCCCAGGCGAUCACGAACGCUCUGGGUCGACGCAUUGUGCAUCAAUCAAUCUGACAAUGGUGAAAAGACAGUACAGGUACAAAGGAUGACUAGGAUUUACUCUCAAGCAUCCUGUGUCAUUGCGUGGACUGGCGAUUCUGCCGAUAACAGUGAUGAGGCUGUGAACAUUAUUAAAACCCUGGGGAGGCUUCUGACGCAUGCCGAUUUGGACGAGAUAUACCGGGCUGAGGGAGAGAACUUGUUGGGUCGUCUCGACAGGGUAGGGUUCCGCACGACGGAUAUGCCAUGGGACGCUCUUUGGGCGUUCUUCGAGCGGCCGUAUUGGAGCCGAGUAUGGGUGAUCCAAGAACUAGCCGUUCGAGGAAUAGAAACAUGGCCCUGUAUAUUCUAUUGUGGCGCCUCAAGAUUCGAUAUGAGAGAAUAUGCACUUACUUGCGGUGUGCUGGUUCAACUAUUCUUAGAUUCAGGGAAAAUGAUCGACUUUGCUACAGGCGAGAUGCCAGAACCGUUGGGUUCCAUGUUUCGCCGAAACAACGGCCACCCUCCGGGAGUCAACAUGCUACAGGUGAUAUCAGCUUUCAAUGGGGCCAUCACGAGAGCUGAUCCGCCUAAGAUACAGUUCCUGCUUUAUGUUACCAGAAAUUACCAGGCUACAGAUGAACGAGACAAGCUCUACGCAUUGUUGGGCUUGGCACGGAAUGAGGACCAAGUCUUCCUGCCCAAUUAUUCAAGACCGCUUCGCAGAACAAUGAUGGAGUUUGUCAGAUUCUUGGUUGAGCGAGAUAAGGAUUUGAGAUAUCUUGAGAUCAACAUGAAUAGAAGAACCGCCUGCUCAUCUGUCCCCAGCUGGACAUUUGAAGUUCACAGUCAACACCACGCUCUCGACAUGUGGGGGGUCAUGUUGUUCGACGACCAAACCUGGCAGGCAUCGAAAGGGGUGGAUACGGAAGUGCAAUUCGAUAUGGAAACGGAAUCAAUGAUUGCCACAGGUGUUCCAAUAGGAAAUAUUGGAUUUGUCAUCGGGCCGAUGCGAGACCUAGAGAAGCUCCCUCCGGGCAGCAAUCCAGCCAACUUUAGGCAGCUAGUCGAGGGCCUAGGUCAGGGUGAAUUUGUGAGCAGCCUAAUUGAAUAUGCAUCGAGCCUAUACGGAGAUGCAUUCGAGAUCUUCUGGCGGACACUCAUCCUCGACUUGGAUUCAGACACACCCUUUGGAGUGAGCAUCUCUCCUGCGCGUGACGAGGUCGGUGCGAGGGGCCGGGUAUUCCUCAGAAAGGAAACGCUGCCCGCGGGAUUUCUACCCGAUAUUCCCUUUCAUAUCAGAUACAAGGAAUAUACAAGGCCGUUCUAUGAAAAAGCAGGAAGAGCUCUGAGCAAUCGCACGUUUUUCACGACUGAGAAUGGGUUUUCCGGCGUUGGGCCGUACGACACCCAACCUGGAGACGUGGCUGUUGUGCUCUGCGGCUCACGACGAUGCACAGUCUUGCGGCCGGAUGGGGAUUUCUACCUCGUCGUAGGCGACGCAUAUGUAUACGGAGCGAUGAGGGGAGAGAUGGUACAAGGUCUGGAUGUUGAUGAGAGGGUCUAUGUGCUCCGAUAA